UGGAACCUCUUAGCCUCAGCAUCCUGAACUGAUAGAAUUAAACAAAUACCGCUUUCUUUGAAAACUUCAGCCUUUAAGAACCAGUCACCUCAAGAUCUCAACAUCAUGAUCUCAGUUUCAACACAAUUGUUCCUAGUUCUCUUUUCAUUGCUUUCGGUGCUGCCUGUUGUUGAAGCAGUAGAAGCCGGAGAUGCAAUCGCUCUCUUGCUCGGUGUGGUUCUCAGCAUUACAGGCAUUUGUGCUUGUUUGCAGGUGUAUGCACCAAAGAGAAACGGACGGAUGUGA